CUUCAUCGGAAAGUUUACAGAUCCGAAUCAUUUCCUCUCUUUCCUGCCAGCAUUUUCUCCUCUUUCUUUCACACACUCACGCACAAACCCCGAAUUUUCAGUAAUUGGAGCUGGUGACUAAGCUGAUUGGAUUCCGGAUGGGGAUUUUCGACGGGUUACCGAUUUCCCGAGACAAAGCCUAUUUGAGGGAGGAACUUGCGAGAAUAGACGAGAGCUGGGCUGCUGCACGUUUUGAUUCUUUACCUCACGUUGUACAUAUUUUAACAUCCAAAGAUCGUGAAGGUGACGCGCAUCUUUUGAAGGAGCAGAGUGAUAUCAUUGAAGAAGUUGUAGAUGAAGUAGUGCAUGCUUAUCAUGGUGGCUUCAACAAAGCUAUCCAAAAUUAUUCUCAGAUUUUGCGGUUAUUCAGUGAAUCUGCUCAGAGUAUUGCUGUACUAAAGGGUGAUUUGGGUGACGCAAAGAAGCUUCUUGGCGCUCAAAACAAGCAGUUGCACCAGUUAUGGUAUCGUUCGGUUACAUUGCGGCAUAUUAUAUCAUUGUUGGAUCAACUGGAGGGCAUAGCUAAGGUUCCAGCUCGUAUUGAGAAGCUCAUUGCUGAUAAGCAGUUCUAUGCUGCAGUGCAGUUACAUGUUCAAUCUACAUUAAUGCUGGAGAGAGAGGGCCUUCAGACGGUUGGUGCUCUACAAGAUGUCAGAUCUGAGUUGACGAAAUUGCGAGGAAUUCUUUUCUAUAAAGUAUUGGAGGAUAUGCAUGACCAUCUUUAUAACAAGGGUGGAUACAGUUCUGCUGUGUCAAGUAUUGACGAGAUGGAUGAUGCAGUGCCAACUGCCACAGCUGUUGCAUAUUUUACAAACAACACGCAAACUCUCUCUAGAAGAACCAGGUUGCUUAAAGGCGACAAUCAGUUUGGUUCAUCUGGACUUGGAGAUGGAUCAUUUCGAGCUAGUUCUAUUGACGGGGGUUCAUCAUUUGACGGUCACGAUGAGGAUGGCACUUUGGACGUACAAGAGGAUGGUAUGUCAAAGGUCAAUGGUGGUGAUGCUACAUUAAAGGAUGUCAAGCUUUUUUCUCGUCAGAUUCCAAUUUGGCUGUCAGAUGCCACUCCUGAUGAAUUUGUUGAAACAAUGCGAAAGAGUGAUGCUCCUUUGCAUGUUAAGUAUUUGCAGACCAUGGUUGAGUGCCUCUGCCUGCUUGGCAAAGUUGCUGCUGCUGGUGCCAUAAUAUGCCAAAGGUUGAGACCUACAAUUCACGAUAUAAUUACAACCAAGAUUAAAUCACAAGCAGAGCGUUCGAACUCUUCAAGGCCUGGCAUUGGGCAAGCUGCACAAACUGGGUUAACAGGUCUACACUAUUUAAAGGGACAGUUGGAAAGUUAUCAGCUAUUAAAGCAGAAAAAACAUCAAAAUGGAAUUUCUCUAGCUGGAGCCUUAUUAGCUGUGAGCCCAGUGUCUUCUGUAAUGUCUCCUAGUGGAACAGCACAGGCUUCUGCAAAAGAACUUCUUGAUUCCAUUCUGGAAACUGUUGUUAGGAUUUUUGAGAACCAUGUUAUUGUUGGAGAGCUUCUUGAGACAAAAUCUGCCCAGCAGGUUGACUUGAAUACACCCAAGUCCAUAGUUGGAGAGUCCAAUUGGAACCAUGAUCCUGAGGCAUCACAUGAUACUGGUGGUUAUAGCAUUGGCUUCUCGCUGACUGUUUUACAGAGUGAGUGUCAACAACUCAUAUGUGAAAUAUUACGAGCUACUCCUGAAGCUGCAUCAGCAGAUGCUGCUGUCCAAACGGCUAGACUUGCAAGCAAGGCUCCAUCUAAAGAUAAGAGGGACGGAUCCGAAGAUGGUCUAACUUUUGCCUUUCGCUUCACAGAAGCUACAAUUUCCAUUCCUAAUCAGGGGGUUGAUCUCAUUCGCCAAGGAUGGAGUAGGCGAGGUCCUAAUGUGCUUCAAGAAGGUUAUGGUACUGCAGCUAUUCUACCCGAGCAGGGCAUAUAUUUAGCGGCAUCUGUAUAUCGACCUGUUCUUCAGUUUACAGAUAAAGUUGCUUCAUUGCUACCUCAAAAGUAUUCUCAGCUUGGGAACGAUGGGUUGUUAGCAUUUGUGGAGAACUUUGUGAAGGAUCACUUUUUACCUACAAUGUUUGUUGAUUACCGGAAAGGCGUUCAGCAAGCCAUAUCAAGUCCAGCUGCAUUCCGUCCAAGAGCACAUGCAGCUGCUUGUUAUACACCAUCAAUUGAGAAGGGGCGGCCUGUCUUACAAGGGCUUUUGGCAAUUGAUUUCUUGGCAAAGGAGGUUUUUGGCUGGGCCCAAGCAAUGCCUAAAUUUGCUGGUGAUCUCAUGAAUUAUGUCCAAACUUUCCUUGAAAGAACAUAUGAAAGAUGUCGGACUUCAUAUAUGGAGGCAGUUCUUGAGAAGCAAAGUUAUAUGCUCAUAGGGAGGCAUGAUGUUGAAAAUCUAAUGCGCAUUGAUCCAGCCAGUGCUUGUUUACCAAACUUACCUGGUCAGUCAAAUUUGGUCGGCAAUGCUUCUGAUGCUGAAACUGUGGAGUUUGAAAUGCAAAUGAGUGAUCUUUUGUUUAACUUGAGGCCAAUCAAGCAGGAGAACUUGAUUCGUGAUGAUAACAAACUUAUUUUGCUGGCAUCUCUGAGUGAUUCACUGGAAUACAUUGCGGACUCAAUUGAAAGGCUAGGAAAGACAUCCAAGAAAGUAUAUAACCAAGUAGAAGAGAAUGGGAGGCUAAAAACUCCCCAUCAUAGUAGAACGACCAGUACAGCUCCUAAGGAUCUUGCAUCAUUUGCUGAGGAGUAUAGAAAACUAGCAAUUGAUUGUCUUAAAGUUCUGCGUGUCGAGAUGCUGCUGGAGACUAUUUUUCACAUGCAGGAAAUGACAAGCCGGCAAUAUUUGGAUGACCAAGAUGCAGAAGAACCAGAUGAUUUUAUCAUAUCAUUAACGUCUCUGAUAACACGUCGAGAUGAAGAAAUGGCACCUUUCAUUGCCGAGUCGAAGCGUAAAUAUAUAUUUGGUGGAAUAUGUGGUGUUGCAGCACAUGCGUUUAUCAAGGCUUUGACGGAUGUGACUUCUAUCAACCUUUUCGGGGUUCAGCAGAUAUGCCGGAAUUCUAUUGCCUUAGAACAGGCUCUUGCUGCUAUCCCUUCAAUUAAUAGUGAAGCCGUACAGUUGAAGCUAGAUCGUGUGCGGACAUACUAUGAACUAUUAAACAUGCCAUUUGAGGCCAUGUUAGCAUUCAUCACAGAGCAUGAGCACUUGUUUACAGCUGCAGAGUAUGCAAAUCUUCUGAAUGUUCAGGUGCCUGGGAGGGAUAUUCCUUUUGAUGCACGCGAUCGUGUGUCGGAGAUAUUAUCACGCUAGCUUGUUUAGCUUGUGCACAGUGAUGAAUCGUACAGUGGAAUUUCAGGUUGAUUUUUUCAAGCUGUGGAGCUGAGCAGGCUCUUCAUUUUUUGUACGAUGCUGGCAUUUGUACAUAAUUCCAGGUGUAAUGGUGAUCAGUGUCGAUGAGGAAGCCAUUAUACUAAAAAUUCUAUGCCGUUUGGAACAAAUUUUGUGAGUAUGGUUUUUGGGGUUGUAGUAUUUGUCUGUUUAUAAUGAUUAGUGUAUUCUUUAGUAGCAUCAAUUGUAGACUAUUUUUUCCUUUUUUUUCCCCCUUUUCUUUAACGGUUAUCAUUUUGUAUGCAAUAAGUGAGGAAAUUUGUGCAGACUUGACCCGAAAAGCUAAAUAUUUUGUGUUUUGUUCA